AUGGAGAACGACUUAUUCAUUUGCAAUGAGAAAAACUUCAUUAAUCAUAUAAUUGAAAUAUGCAAUGAAGACGAUGAGAAUUUGGAAUAAGAAAAAAUAGAUAAUUUAUAUGGAGUUGGCUUAGCAACAGUCUAAAUUCCAAUAUUUUUGACAAAUAUGACACGAUAGCAAUAAGUGACACAACCAAACACUGUUUUUGUCAGAAUCUAUGAGGAUACUUUUGUAGUAGAUCCCAUACCAACCUUACCAAUAAAUACUGCAUGUUAUUUUGAAUCAAAUGCUAAAAGUUAUAAAUUUUAAAGGGAACUUAAUAAUUUUCAAAAAUAACAUGAGGAAUUUCUGGAAGUAUUUCUUAUAUUUGAUGAUGAACUUGAUAAUUAAGUACAUAGAGCAGCAGAGAGAAUUAUUGCUGAAAAUUUUAGGCAGAAUCAAUUUCUUAACGGGUUAUGA